AUUCCAAGAUGGCUGCCCUGGUAACGGCGGUGCCUACGAGGAGGUUUGGGCUACAGGAGAAUGACAGCUCUUUCAGUAAUUCAGGUGCUGAUAAAAAUAUUUGGUCCUGGCAGAGGAAAGCAGAACAGAUAAAGAAAGCCGAAUUCAUAAGAGAAGGAGAAAAACUAAAAACCCAACUUAUGAAUAUUGAAAAGGAUAAAAAUAGCCUUCUCUUCAACAAGAAAAGUGACUUCAGAAUGGAGUAUGGCAUACUAGAAGAACUGGAAUACAAACUGACUAAAAACCGGAAAGCAGAAAAAGUUAAAAUCCAGCAACAGCUGGCAAAAAUUCAUAAUAAUGUUAAAGGACUUCAGCGGCAAUUGAAAGAUGUGAAACCAACCCCAGAAUUUCUUGACAGGCUCAAAGAAAUUAUGGAGGAAAUUGAAAAUGCAAUAAACAACUUCAAAGAAGAACAACGACAAAUAUAUGAGCAGCUUAUAAGAGAAGAGAAGAUUUCUACUAAUGAGCUUAAUGCUUUGGAGAGAAAAAUUGAAAUAUGGACACUAGGUACUUCAGCCACAGGAAAAAUUUUCAAGCGUGGCAAAGUUUCAGUAGAUAAAGAGAUUCAAAGUCAUCUGCCCGAUGAAGUAAUUGAACUUGAAAGGUUUUUCCAGCAGACAGGAGGGAAAUAUGGAGGGUGGGAUGAAUAUGAUCAUCAGCUUUUUCUGAAAUUGUGGAUGAAGCAUAAAGGAAAACCAUCGUAUAUGGAGGAAGCCCAUGAUUAUUUCUCUGAAAGAACAAGAGAGGACAUUCAGCAGCAUGAAAAAUGGUAUCAAGAAUUUCUAGUUUUAGAAGCAAGAAAAAAGGAGUCUAUUAAAAGAUGGAAGACAAAAAAACAACAAGAAAGAGAGAAUAUCUUAGCCCAGAAAGAGAGCCCAGAAAAAGUGCACUCUUCACAUAAUCUUCAGUUGAAAGAAGCACAGAAACGUAAAGCUGAAGAAGAAAGAAAAAAGCGUUUGGAAGACCUUGAAAAAUGGCGAAGACAUAGAGCAAUAGAACAUGCGAUGAAACAAGCUGCUCAACUCCAAGAGGAAGAAGAGAAGGAGAAGAAAAAGCAGAAAGAACGAGAGCGGCAGUUCCAUAUGAAAUUGCUGUUGGAAGAGUAUGGCAGGCAGAAAAAGGAACAGGAAGAGCUUGUGAGGCUUGAAAAGGAGAAAAGGGAGGAAGCUGAAAGGGAAGAGAGAAAAAGAACUGCUGCAGAAGAAAUUCUUAAGUUUCAGGAGCGAGAUCUGCAUAAACUUGAGCUUAAAAUUCUAGAAAAACAGGCAAAGAAAGAAGAAAAGAUGGAAAAAGAAAAAAGAUUGUCCAAGUUGAGAGAGAAGGUUGAAAUUAAUGUACCUCGAGACCCAUGUAGGCUGUACAAACCUACAAAAGUUUGGGUGGAGCGAACAAAAGAGAUUGGACCAGUGGGUGCAGAGCCACUUAUGCAUAUUCCACACAGGGCUGUCCCAACCUGGCGUCAAGGGCUAUAGUUGGAUAUCUACAUACAGUUUUACUAGAAGAUGCACAAAUGUAUGUGUAAAGCAUCUUAUUGGAUCAUUUUGUUUUUUUGUCAGACUUAUGUGACAAAGGAUUUCAUUUUGUAUUUAGGGUGAAGUUAUGUAAAUGUGAUUUUUUUGUUACGCUCAACAGAAGAUCAAACACAAAUGUAAAGUCUGUAUAGAUAAUAAAUAAUCAGUUAUUUCUUAGGUUCUUUGCAUAUUACUUUCUUAUUGUUGGAACCCACAUUUAGAAACAUAUUUCUCAUUGAUGCACUGUAUUUUGCAAAAUAAAGAUUGUUAUGUUCUUUA